AUGUCAGCGCAGCAGCUGUGUGUGGGCCUGGCUAUUUGGGCUUGUCUCACGCAUACUGCUGCCGCCUCUUUGCAGGCAGAGAGACAAACGUGCCCACUUGAUGAUGAGAUGCCAGUGGACACGCGCAAAUUGAUGCAGGUAGCUAGCGAGCGAAAGACGCAGCACCCGGGAACUGGCAAAGUUCUGCCCCUUUCAGCUCAGGAUAAAGCUGGAGAAAAAGCAUUCCAAGAAGGCUCAGAGCAGAAGGUGAAGGAGGCAACUCUGGAUUCACCGCCGGUCUUUGGCUGGAAAGCUUUAGGUGCAGUGGCCUUUCCAGUGGACGUCAGUGAAUUGCCACAGCUGCCUUUGCUCGAUCAGAUGAAACCCACAGAAGGUGGUGGAGCUGUCGUAUUCUUCACCCUGCUUGUCUUGGUUUUAGUAUGUUCUUUGGCCGUCCUCACCUGCUUUGGGGAGGAUUUGGAUGCAGAGGAGGUGGCUAGAGCCAGGCCAAGUCCACCGAAACUGCUCAAGCCACCAGGCGAAGAUGCAGUGUACCAUGUAGGAAGCAGUGCUUUGUCCUCAGCUACCACAGCGGAGGUGGGUUCUCAGCAGGUCAGCAGUUCAUUUUAUCAAUCCUGGCAGGAUUCCAGAGAUGCCCAAGCUGCGGCCCAAUCUUCCCAAUCCUUCCAACCUGCGGUACAGGCCCCGCAAGCACAACCAGUCACAGCUUCCAAGACGACAGAGGCAGCCUUUGCUCAGCGGCCUUGGGCCUCCUCUUACCUGCCAGAGGUGCCCCGUGCUGAACCUGUGCCCAAGCCACAGGAGAACAUUCCAAAUUUGCCCCCCAUGCUGUCUGCCUUCCCUCCAGUUUGGGGAGGCGGUCCAUCGCCGGUGGCUGAAGAAGUAGAGGAGAACCAGGCUUCCAGUCCAAGCAGCCAGCCUCCAACAGGAGAUCAAGAGGCUGUGGUCUUGCAUUCUGAGGCCUCUCACAUUUGCAAAUUUGACCGGGGAGGCCAGCAGCCAGACCAUUUUUGGCGAAGGCAUCGUUGUGGACCCUAA